UGAUGAAAAUAUGGCAAAUGUACAAAUUCAGAAAUUAGGUACAGAUAAAUUAAGGACCAAAAUAAAUUUGAAAAAUGGCUCGUACAAAGCAGACAGCGAGAAAAUCGACAGGUGGCAAAGCACCAAGAAAGCAACUGGCAACAAAGGCUGCUCGUAAGAGUGCCCCUUCUACUGGAGGAGUAAAGAAGCCACACAGAUACCGACCGGGAACUGUUGCUUUGAGAGAAAUCAGGCGUUAUCAAAAGUCUACUGAGCUCCUUAUCAGAAAACUACCUUUUCAACGACUUGUUCGAGAAAUUGCCCAAGAUUUCAAAACGGACUUGAGAUUUCAGAGUGCUGCUAUUGGAGCUUUACAGGAAGCAAGUGAAGCUUACCUUGUUGGUCUGUUUGAAGAUACUAAUCUCUGUGCGAUUCAUGCAAAAAGAGUCACCAUCAUGCCUAAAGAUAUCCAGUUAGCUCGUAGAAUCCGUGGAGAACGUGCUUGAAAAAUCUACUCAUCCCAAUCUACACAAUUCUCAGGAGUUUAAUUCGUUGUCAAUUACCAGCAAUGAUUUAAAUUUUAAGACUCAUUUUGUAACUCUGUAUAACGAACAUACUUUUAUUUUUAAAUGUAAAUGUUUUGUAGUUUUGUACUAUUCUGUGCCAUGAUAAUAUGUUAAAAAGGGUUUGGAUUUCAUUUGAAGCAGUGCUGACUAAAAUCUAAUAAUUUAACACCAAGGUAUCGGCUUUAAAAAUGCAAACUCUAAUGUUAAUUCAAAAUUCAAUCAUAUUUAAAAGCUUAAAACAUGUAUUUGGCGUGAUUUUAUUAUCAAUUGAUGGUUUUUGAUUUUUCAAAUGAAAUUUUUGUUUUAUUUUUAGUGUUGUCUAUAAAUCAAAAAUUCUAAAAUUAAGUCUAAUAUAAAAAUUUACUAUGUCAUAAAUAUAUUUUGAAUAUUGAAAUAUUUUAAUUAGUCUGGACAUCAGAAGAAUCAUUUUGGGUCUUUCAAUCACAGAAAUGUAGUUCUGGAAUGAAAUAUAAUUUUGUUCUAUGGUAAAAUGAAAAUUCUUUGAUUGAGAAAAUUGUAAAAGUGCUAUUUUCUUCCUUUUUCAAAUAUUCAGAGACUAGAAAUGAAAACAUUAGACAUUUUGUAUCAUACAAAAACAAUUUUUGGUGCCACUUUGGCAUGUGGUCUGAUCUCACUUGCUUGAUCUCUUAAAAACAUUCUCAUAAAAUCUAGUUUCCAACUCUUUCCCUGAUUAAAAUCACUGAGAUUGCAAACCAAAGUAGCGCUCAAUUUUUUUUAUCAAGUGUGCUUGUAAUUCAUUUGGUAUUAAUAUGUCCAAUUUUGGACGAGGACACAUGAACAUGUUUGAGUAAUAUAAAGUAGAGAAUAAUUUUUAUGGAAUAUUUUCAGAUUAUUUGAAUUUCUUUCCCUCUUUAGUAGGUGAUCUCACUUAUAGUGAUGUCAAAUCGCAUAACAAAUAGGCACUAAUUACAUUUAAUCUCAGUUCAGUUCCUAACCCUAAAAAAAAUCAGCGAGUCCCACAAUUUUUUAGAUUGCAUACCAAAGUAGUAUCGCAA